AUGGGGCGGGCUCCGUGUUGUGACAAGUCAAAGGUGAAGAAAGGUCCUUGGUCCCCGGAAGAAGACGCUAAGCUCAAGGAGCACAUUGAGAAGUAUGGUACUGGUGGGAACUGGAUCGCUCUCCCACAGAAAGCCGGUAAGAGCGAGGAAGAGCUCCGCAGAGUCCUCGUUUCCCACUUUGUUUUCCUCUGUUAUUUCGAUGAGCUUUCGUAGAUGAUUCCAUCAAGAAGCCUGCAUAGGGUUAAUUUCGGCGGGGGAGAAAGGGGAGAGAGAGAGAGAGAGGUGUGGGGAGGUGGGAGGCUCCUUCACUGAUACUUUUCUCAUCCACAGGUCUGAAGAGAUGUGGGAAGAGUUGCAGGUUGAGGUGGCUGAAUUAUCUGAGACCGAACAUAAAGCACGGAGACUUCACCGAAGAGGAAGACGCAAUAAUCUGCAGCCUCUUCGCUAGAAUUGGGAGCAGGUUCCACCUUUCUUUGCAACUUCUUAUCCAUUUUUGCUCGACUACGAGUUUCCGUCUUUUGAUUCUCUUAGUUAUCUAGCCCAAUCUAGUUUCCUUCCUGGAGCUAGACCAUAAAUGGGGAACAUCAAUAAUGGAAGCUUCUCCGCAUGCAUGCCAAUUUGUUGGUAGACUUCGACGACAAUAGAUGGAAAGAUCUCCAAUCAAUCAGUAAUUUCUCAUCAAAUAACGAAUUAUUCGUAUUUGCAGAUGGUCUAUAAUAGCGGCCCAGCUGCCAGGGAGGACUGACAACGAUAUCAAGAACUACUGGAACACCAAGCUGAAGAAGAAGAUAAUGGGGAUACCGACGCCGCAGAGAAAAAUACAACCCGAGAAGCACCAGCGGCAGCUUUUCCCAUCUUCCUUCAAUGCUAUGAUUUCACCGGCGACGUCGUCCGUAGGUAGCCGUUUCUCGUCUCAGAAGACACUCCUCCCAGGCCCAGAUGCCUUCGAUCCAGUGAUCGCCGGCGCCGCUCUUCUUCGAGUCCUCGAUGAUGACCACAACCAAGUGAAAGACAAUAGCAGUAGUCUCCUUGUCUUUGGAGAUGGCCAGAGUUGUAGCUCCUCAGGUGGGAGUUCCACCAAGAUCAUAUAUGGAAGGGCGGCAGAGAAUGAGCUGGGCCUGGAGACGCUGUUCUACGGCGGUCUCCUCGAAGACCACCAGAAGCUCUUUCUCGGCGGCGGAAGUCGGGUGGAGAGAGGAAGUGGGGUGUGGGGAGAAGCCCCCAUAGACUACACCCUGGAGGAGAUCAAGCAACUCAUCACAACGGGCUCGCCCUGCAGCAGCCUCUUCAUAGGCGAUCCAACCGGCGUCAUCGGAGGAGGAGGCAAUGCUCGAGCAAGUGGUCUCAUGUCCUACAACUGA